ACAUUUCCGAUUUUUGAAGUGUUUUACAGCGAAAACACAAUAUAUCGUUAUAUUAGCUAACAUCAUAAGCUAGCAUAAGGCAGCAUUGAUUCUAGUCAAGCGCUAGCCUAGCAUAGUUAGCAGAGUUAGCAUUCAACAGUUCGACAUAUAUAUGAAAAAGCAUCCCAAAUUGGGUCUUAUCUUUCUUGGUACUCCAUCAGAAUGUUGUAACGGGGUCCAAUGUCCAGUAGAGUCUUUAGUUGGGUUCCAGAACGAAUGAUUUCCCUCUUUGGUUAGCUAGCACGGUAGCAUUGCUGCGCCAGAAAGCGUUUCUUCAAAAAAUUCUUCCGUCGUUUCACAUCUAAAGUCCAGAAUAAAUUGCAAUAAUAUAAUUAAAGUAUAUUGAAAAAACCUACUUUAGGAUGAUUUUGUGACAUGUAGCAAAUAAUAUCGUAGUCAGGCAUCAUAUUCAACGUUAUCUACCUUGUUCCAGAAGCCGAGAUCAAAUUAUCCUUCGCGCCCGGAUUUUUAUUUUAACUGCGCAGGUCUCACAAGAAGUUCUGUUAUUCAGUCCAGGGACGAGAUAUUCGACUCCUUUCAAUUCUCACUUCCGCAUUACAGUCUGACGAACGCCUCUGACGUGUUAAUAUGGUCCCAAGUCAAAUGGCCUUUUAUAGAGAAGGUCUUAAAGAGACACAUCGCAUUUUGGGAAACUCAAUUCGGCUGGGAAAAUAGCUGUAAAAAUAUUUCUGUUCGACUUAGAGAAACAAUUCAAACCUUUUUAGAAACUACAGACUGUUAUCUAUCCAACAGUAGUAAAUAUAUGCAUAUUGGAAAAUAAAAAGUUUCUUAGGAGGCCGUUUGAAAAUGUGCACACAUUUUCCAGUUUUUUCAAUAUUCAGCGUGCAGCCAUAACAGGUUUUAAGAACGUUGGCUAAACUGGAACACUAGCGUGAGCCCAUAGCGAAUUAAUGGGGUCGAACGUUUGCAGAGCCUGUUUUGACUGGAGUGAUGCUUAGAAUUCUAUGAAAAAUGUAUCCCUUUUUAUUUUACCACUACAAUCUGUUCGUCGGACGAAACUGGAAGAAAACAACUUGUGUAGAAAGUAAACAUCCGCACCUCGAUGGUGUCAACUGUGCUUAUGUCUGCGUAAUGAAAAGCUGUGUUGCAGAGACCACCAGUUCUACAGUCAUGCUGAACACACUGUUGGAUAGACACACAGACUGACGAUGGACUGACCGGUCCUCUCCACCAGUCCCCUCCCCCUCCUCUCUGUAUUUGUGCCUGCUGGAUCCUGGUCAGUGGAUCCUCGUGCGCUGUGCGUCAUGGCGUCCAACGGUUGGGCUGGAAGACAUUCCCUGUGGCGGUUCCUUUCGCCGUUUCGAAGCAGGCAGGAGCGUGUGGUGCUGGCACGCAGCGAGAGCAUGCCGGGGGAACACGUGCUGAAGAUCACCAUCACAGAGACCACGAUAAUCGAGGCAGAUUCAGGGGUAUGGAACUCCAAGUCGCUGGUCUACCUGGGCCUGUGGUACUUCUUCAGCUUCUGCACACUUUUCCUCAACAAGUACAUCCUAUCUCUGCUAGAGGGGGAGCCAAGCAUGCUGGGCGCUGUUCAAAUGGUCUCCACCACCAUCAUAGGCUUUCUGAAGAUGUAUGUGCCUUGCUGCCUAUACCAGCACAAGUCCAGGACUGAGUACCCCCCCAACUUCCUCAUGAUCAUGCUGUUUGUGGGGCUCAUGAGGUUCACCAGUGUGGUGCUGGGUCUGGUGAGCCUGAAGAAUGUGGCCGUUUCCUUUGCAGAGACGGUGAAGAGCUCUGCGCCCAUCUUCACUGUCAUCAUGUCAAGGCUGAUCUUGGGGGAAUACACAGGUAUGUGGGUGAACCUGUCCCUCUUUCCUGUCAUGGCUGGUCUGGCCCUCUGCACGGCAACAGAGAUCAGUUUCAACAUGCUGGGCUUCUCCGCAGCCCUCUCCACCAACAUCAUGGACUGUUUACAGAAUGUUUUUUCAAAGAAGCUACUAAGUGGAGACACCUACAAAUUCAGCCCUCCAGAUCUGCAGUUCUACACCAGUGCAGCUGCAGUCAUUAUGCUCAUACCUGCCUGGGUCCUCCUCAUGGACAUCUCAGUGAUUGGGAAGAGUGGGCGUUCGUUCAGCUGGAGUCCAGACAUCGUUCUGCUGCUGCUGUUUGAUGGGGCCCUGUUCCACCUGCAGAGUGUCACCGCCUACGCCCUCAUGGGACGCAUCUCUCCCGUCACCUUUAGUGUAGCCAGCACGGUGAAGCAUGCCCUGUCUGUCUGGCUGAGCAUCAUCUUGUUCAGUAACCACAUCACGGUGCUCAGCGCUGCCGGCACGGCCCUGGUGUUUGUGGGCGUGCUGCUGUACAACAAGGCUAAGCAGUUUCAGAGACACACCUUAAAGGCCCUGGCCCACGCCCAGGCUCAGGGCCACAACUACAAACCACUACUGCAGGAUCACAAGCUCAAAGCAUCGGACCGAUAGACUUCUCAGGAGACCAAGGGGGGAGAGACCAAAGAGGUCUCUUCUCUCUAACUUUGAUCAUGUAGAACCUGAUACGCAGACGAUUUGACUAGACCAUGUUUUGACUCGCGCCAGCAUUAUGACGAAUGAGGGAAGUCAGCGGUCAUCAUAGCACGGUAGAAGGAUCUGUCACCCAAGUGAUGUUUCGUUCAGUAGGAAUUGUCCAUUUGAGAGGCUAGUUUCUCUUGAGGUUUCAUUCGGCCUCACUGAUGCAUUCUCUGAUACCUGUGUGAACUUGUCUUAGUGUGUGGUCUGACCGCGGCCCACUGUUUGACUGUGGACUGGUGCAGGUGUGAGCAAACUUUUUGGCUUGAGGGCCACAUCCGGAUUUCUAAAUUGAACGGGGGACACACAAAAUCUAUUUUUGGGCCAGAAACAUUCCAGUUGUUUUUAAAUAUAUGGGUCCAUUUAUAUUUCGACAUACUUUCUAUCUAGUUUUAGACGUUCAAGUGUGGCCUGGAGUGUUAAAAAAAAAAUUAAACCCAAAACAAUUUCCCCCCUCCCCAAAAAACGACUUAUUUUAAUUUGUUUAUUUUUACCUCCAAUGGGUCGGAUUGAAUGGGCUCAUGGGCCGGAUCCGGCCAGGCCGUAGUUUGCCCACCCCUGGGGCCUCAUUUAUCAAAGUUGCAUGCGCACAAAAAAAGACUAAACUUUCCUGCGCCAGUUAGGCCUCAAAGUUUGGUGUUUAUCCAUUUUGAACUUGACGGUAAAGUGUGAGUAUCUCCACGCAAAUCUCAGGCCAAGCGUACACACUACUUCUAGUGGUUGAUCAACUAUAUUGCAAGCAAAUAUUGUUAUUUCUGUCUCGUCUGAGGGUGCCAGAGCGCAAAAUAACUGAUGAAUUUACGAACGCUCAACACCCGUUGAAUAUGGCCGGUGUGAGUAAACGUCGGCAAAAAAACGUAAUUAACUUGUUGCCAGCAGUACAGUUACAGUCACCAACCCUCUGGAUAACAUAAAAAGAGCCUAACCAGCUCUGCUAGGACCAGUAAAAUGGUCAGAGUGAGGUGUUCUAUCAUUUGUGUCUGGAAGUAGCUAGCAAGCUAGCCAACUUUAGCCAGUUAGCUUGGGUGCUUGACUGCCAUUGUGUGGUCAGAACGCUCGGAUCAACCCUACUGCUUGGCCAGAACAUCCAGUGUGCACUCUGAGAGCGAAACACUCUGAAUUUACGAAUGGACAAUCUGACAACUCUCUGAAUUUACGAUCACCCUCUGAGCGCCCCCUCUGAGCUCCCCCUCUGACACUCUAGAUUGAAUUUUUGAACACACCCUUAAUCCCCGAGCAUACACCAAGGCAGGAGAUAGAAACACAAACAUGUAUUUAUAAACAAAAUAUUGAACAACAAUUUGUAUUUUUCGUGGAAGCGUGGGCUAUAGUAAGCAUUUAAUUUUAAAUUGUUCAAUAGACAAUAAAUCUUGCAGAAUGUGCGACUAGUGUUUGGCACUCGCUAUAGGCGGUAUGCAUUUUUUGUAAAGAAAUGUCACUACAAAAGAUUAAAACAUUCUGCCCACACAUCUACAGAAAUGUGAUCACAUUUGCCAUUGCACUUUCUUUUGCAACUUUUGCAACUAACUAUGGCCCAGUUCCAACAUCUCCAAAUCAAACAGCAAAUGAAGGCGUUGUUGUUACCAUAAGUGAAUCAAUAAGUUUUACAGGCAGGGUUGAUCACGAACGCACAAAUAUAGUGUAUUAAUGAAAACAUGAUUAUGUUCCAUGCCACAUUUUGAUAAAUCGCAAUAAUUUUGUUGCACAGGCAAAUCAGGGCUGGACUACCUCAUUUGGGCCCCCAUAAUUGUUUUAAAUAGUAAUAAUUCUGUUUAAUAAUGCUAAACAAUUUUUAAAGCUAAUUUCCUGCAAUUCUACACUAUUUGACAUGGGUCAGUGAUAAAUGUGCUAUUUUAUAGCUCAUCUCAUGCUAUUGGUCACAUUUUCUCCAUGAGGUUGAGAGAAAAUGUUGCAGUUUAGAGCUUAUUUCCUGCAAUUGGACAGAUUUAUUCUAUCAUAUGCUGUCUGGGGGGCCCCUGACCUCCAGGGGACCCACAACCCAAAAAAGGUUAUGGGCACCUGGGCAUGUGCCCUGUUUGACUGUUUGGUAAUCCGGCACUGACGUAAAUUCUAGAAUCUCCCAAGUAUGCCAGAAUUGAGUAAGAAAUGUAUGCAUAGUUGAUAAAUGAGGCCCCUGGUCUGGUGUGCUUAAACAAGCACUCGGCCAGAUGGCCAGACCUUCAGACUUCACUGUCAAUUCCUUUUGUUGUUCCAUUCCUUCGCCUGUUUUCAAACAAUGUGAAAACUCAGGAUUUCUCUCAAUGUUCAUUGGUGGAAGUGGUUCAUUACUAGUCUAUUUUUUAUGCAUACUUGCCUUUAUGAUUUUAUUUUUUUCCAUUGGUCUUAAAAAAAAAAGUCAUGGGCACAUAUUCUCGUUGACAAAACAGCUUUAUUCUCCCGAUUCAUUAGCCACCAUCCAUCAUAAUGUAGAACAGCUAAGGCAUUUAUUAAUUCCAAUAGGGCAUUAGCUCAGCUGUUUACCAACUAGUCACAAGUGAAAAGCAAAUAUUUGAGGCAUUUAGCCUGACUACAAAGGUGUGUCUUACCCUCAGGGGAGAAGAGGUAGAGAGAGUAAUGUUUAUUUGUUUUCCCAAAGCUCACAUUUGACACUGAACUUCUCACAGCAAUGUGAAAUAUUUGAAAGCCUUGCAUGCAGUCAGCAGAGAUCAUAUCAUCUGCAGUUCUUACAAAUUCACCUAUAAAAAAAAAAAUAUUCUCAAAGCUUUCUCUGAUAGUAUUGUUGUUUGUUCUUUUUCUUGCACGAAACCUGAAAGGUUCCUUCAGUUUAUUUAUAGAUGAUUGAUUUGGGAUGUUGUGGCAUUGUGUAGCCUUCCAAACCCAUGUCUUACUUUAUGUGCCACAUUGAAUCCUGUUAUUUGCUAUGAGUCAGUUGAAUAUUUGGCUUUAAAAGGGACUUCACUGUAAGGUGCCAAUGACUUGAUGUACUUUAUUUGAAGUGUUGUCCUUCAAGUAGUGCUGUAUUUCAAGUACUGUACACAAAACUGUUAUUUGUCUUGAGUACAUUCCUUUGUCUUUGCAUUCUUUUUUAACAGCGCAUUUAAUUUUUGUCAUUCGGGUUGUGAAAUGUCCAAGGUCUCAACCAUUUUAACCAUUUCCUCUGUCAUUUCUAUAUAUUACCAUUUGGGUGAUGUAUUCUAAUAUUUGCAUUAAACAAGCUCAAUUAUAUCAAUUCUGUUGAGGAAUCUACAAGUACUGGUUUACUCCACUGCCUGCCUGUAGACAGAGAAUAAGCGAGCAGACAGUGGGUGUACAUCUCCUGCAUUCUAUCCUGGUUCUCGUCCUUGCCUUGUAACUGAAUAAUACCGGCAUAACCAGGUGUGUGACUUUCCUGGCUAUUUGAGCAAUUAAACACCAGGGAGAAACAAAAACCAGCAGUAAAUUGGCCCCCAAGGACGGGCAUAUUCAUUACAGAAACCGUUUAAGAACUACCGUUUAUAGAACUAUUGUUUCUAUUGGACAAAUUGAGGUAGGUCCCUCCGUUCUGUUUGCUUCCGUUUAAAAACAUUUUUUCAACAAAAUCGGCAUAAUGAAUACGCCCUUGGAGUUGUGCACCCCUGGCAUGGCAGGAAUUAAACUCUUGCAGAUUUUUUGGGUGUGUUUGAUUUACACCCCAGAGUAUUCUGGAUUGAUGGAUUUGCCAAACUGGUUAAUUAGAAAAUGUCAGUCCUGUGGAUUGAAUGAGCUAGGUGCAAGGGUUGAAUUCCAACCUAAUCUUAUUCAACCUCUCUAUUGAGCUUAGGUUUAGUGAAACUGGAUCUCAUUUUUGUCCUUUGUCUAUAGUGAAAGUGUGGUCAGUUGGAUAGGAUAAAGCGAAACUACAGAACUGACUACAUUUUGUAAGGGGAAGCUGACAUAAAAAGGAAAUGUGUUUGUUUGCGUGAGUGAAUGGCACUGGCAUUUCCUUGGUUUUGUUAUGGUGUGGUGCUUUUCUCACACUAACAACAAGUUCAGCAAAGGAAAGUUCCCAAUAUGUGGAUGUCUCAAGUUUGGACAGAUAAUUUAUGUGAAUUUGACUAGAAUGUAAUCUUGUGUUCCCUGACUAUUGUGAUCAAUCAAUGUGUAUAGCUACAAGUUGCGAGUUCUUUCUGACUCCUGUUGACUGAUUUUGUUUUCUCAAUUAUUUUACAAGUGCCACUUUACUUGCACAUGAAUUGUGCCUUUAGGGCUGUUUCUCUGAAUUCAUGUUCUUGCCUAAAUGUGAUUUUCACUGAUGGUCCAGUGUUGAUAUGAUUACUGUAAUUAAGAUAUUUACUGUAGACUUCAAAAUGUUUAACCGAUGGGGUAUAUCAAAGGCUACAUAAUUUCUACUGUUAAGUGAAAUUCUCACCAGGUGACCUUUUUCAUCUCAUUCUCUGAGAAUUUGCUCAGAACAUGUUUUUUUGGUUGUAUUUUCUAAGUACUGCAUCACUCAUAAAAGAGAGGCCUCUGUCGUUUUUUAAAGAAACAUGUGGACUAAGAUUUCAUGUUGAUGCAUUCCCCAAAAUGAUUGUGUUGGUUGUCAUAUGAACCAGACAUAGUUUUACACUGAUUUAUCACCACUUUUCUAAUUUAAUAGCAAUAUGUCACAAUUCACAAUAUUAUACCUCUCAAAAUCUGUGAGUCACAAGGAUAAAAGGGGAAAGUAUUGUGUAGGAGUAAGCGGAGAUUGACAUUCAAGUCUGAAAGGCAUUUACCCAUCUGGCAAGACAGGAGUUUUGGCUGCCUGAAGGUUAUGAUCACUUGCUGAAAAUGUAAAUGAGCUAUUUACUUGCAGAAAUGCCGUAUAUUGUCUGCCUGGCAUGUAAACAUAGGGUAUCAAUCAACAACAAAAAAUCACCUACUCAAUGGGGCAACCUCAGGGCAGGCUUGCACGACUACUCAAUUCACUUGCCCCAGGCAAUAGGGCAACCCUUAAUUUCAAUCCCUGGUAAGGGAUAAAAAUAUAUCCAAAUAGACCAACUGCUAAUAUAACAAAAAAUGUAUUGUGAAAAGGGGAAAUGUUCAUUAAAAUUGUAUAUUUUGGGGAGCUGUUCAUGUGAAUUUUAUCUGAGAUGUAAUGAUGUUUAAUAAUCGAUAAUGUUAUGCACGUGAUUAAUAAAAUAUAUUUUUCUUCUGCA